AUGGGGAUUGAUUUAGCUGGCACACAUGUUAGCCGCAAAUUGGUCCCUGUGAACUGGGUUUCUUCUGGUUUCUUGAGAACAUGCUACAUGCUACCACUUCAGAAUUGGCAAAAUAUGAAACCAAAGAAAGUGGUGGAAAGCUUUGGUGAAGCAUUGCAAGAAGUUGUAGCUGGUUUCAGGACCGUGUUUCACCAAACUUCGGAUCUCAGAUUGGUCUUUAUGACUCUCAAGAGAAACAUAUGUUUUGAUUCUCCCUUUGAGUUUCUUCGUACUUGCUUACGAGUCAAGCUACGAGCAAGCUAUGAGUCAAGAAGCUGCUCCAAAUGCUUCAAAGGGUUAUGUAUUGGGAUGAAUAGAAUUCAUUGA